CCCGCCCCUCGGGAGCGAAGGGAAGGCCCGGCCGGGCGGGAAGUGCGCGCCCCGGAGCCGGGAUGCGCCGGUGCCACCGCCGGCGGCGGCGGCAGCAGGAAGGGGGCGGGCCCUGAGGGCGAGGGCGCGGUCCCCAGGCGGGCGGGGCCGCGAGCAGGCCCGGGCGGUGCUUCCCCGGCGGCGGGCGCGUCCCGCCCCCCGGUGCGGGGGCAGGGCUGGGGCCGUGCCAGGGCAGCGAGGCGGCGGCUGAGCGGGGUCUGUGUCCGCAGCUGAGCCCAGGGCGGAUGCGGCGGCCGGGCGAGGGGCAGCGCCGCGGUGCCCGAGCGGUGCCGAGGAGCCGGCCGGGGGCGGGAGACACGGACUCCGGCGGAGAUCUCCCGGCGGAUCGGCCCGCCGCCCUUCGGAGCGGGAUGGAGGAGCCCGACAAGGAGGGAGAUGGUGCCGGAGGGAAGACCGCCUGGCAGCAGAGCCUGAGUCCCGAGCUGCAGCAGGGAUACCGAAUCCUGCGCGAGUUCCUACUAGAGAAGUACCGGCCUCUGACGGCGCCGUUCCUGGAGCCCCUCGCGGAUCAGGCAUCCUUCGGAGAAGAAGGCGCCGGCUCCCCCUCGGGCCAUAAGAGCGGUCAGUCCCUCCAGCAGUUGCCAGCUGGAAUAUGGCUGUUGAAGAUGGAAGAGAAAUUUUCCAGUGGGCAGUACACAGGGAUAGCAGAUUUCGUGUGUGACUUCCGGCUUAUGCUGGAGACUUGCUACCGGCUGCACGGUGUGGAUCACUGGCUCUCCAAACAGGCCCAGAAGCUGGAGAUGAUGCUGGAGCAGAAGUUGGCGCUGCUGUCCCGGCAUUUAAGAGAGAAAACAUCAUUAGCUGUCACAUCUAGAGGAUGCUAUGGGCAGGAAGAUGAGAAAGGAACAGCAUGCAUUUCCACAAGACGUCGUUCCACACCUCGCAGUUUAGUAGGCUUGUCAACAGGCAUGUUUGAGUCUGUGAUGGUUCAGGUUCUAAGACAAGAGGAGCAGCUGAGAGCAAAAGAGGAAAAGAGGCAGAGAGAUCAAGAAAGAAAAGAAGCAGAAGAAGCCAGUCAGAAAGAAAUAGAAGAAUGGGAAAAAUCACUUUUAGCUCAAGCAGCACCUACAAGGAUGGAGACGAUGUGGGAGAUUCCAGCUAUUGGUCAUUUUCUUUGUUUAGCACAACAGAUUUUAAAUUUACCUGAAAUAGUAUUCUAUGAAUUGGAACGCUGUCUUCUGAUGCCUCAGUGUAAUGUUUUUUUAUCUAAAAUAAUGACUUCUUUGUUAAGUCCUCCUCAUCGCAGAUCUACAUUACACCGCAGGCCGACAUUUUCUUACAGGACUUGGGAAGCAGCACUGAGAAAGAAAGUACAACACUGGUAUACUGUUGUAGGGCAGACCGACAAUCCUAAUGGCGCUGCAGAAAAACUUGGCUUAUGUCCCCAGUUUUUCAAAGUGCUCGGAGAAGUUAAUCCCUUGGAGGAAAAACCAUUUCAUGAGCUACCAUUCUACCAAAAAGUGUGGCUGCUGAAAGGUCUCUGUGACUUUGUGUAUGAAACACAAAAGGAUGUUCAGGAUGCAGUGCUAGGUCAGCCUAUCCAUGAAUGCAGAGAAGUAAUUCUUGGUUAUGACUGCUUGGAGAAUGCAUAUGUUCAUUUUCCACAGUUCUGUGGUGCGGAUGUUCGGAUUUACAAACAAAAACCUUUUCAGGCUCCUGAAUUUCCAUCUCUUCCCAUCAAAGUUAAAAAAGUACCACGUAUUAAAUCAGAAAGAGUAAAACAUGAAUAUGUAGCCAAAAGCAAUGGGGAGGUCAGUUCUGCUGGUAGAGAACUGCUACAUCCUUCCAAGACAGAAGUAGAGAAAAGUAUGGACUCUGUUGUUGUCUGUCCAGAAAAAAAACUACAUUUAGGCACCUUUAGAAUCCCUACCGGGGAGAUAAACUGUGAAAUCAAAGACUCAAGAGUCUGUGACAUCAAGAAAACUGUUUGUUAUAAAGAGAACUUGAGGAGUUUGAUUACUUCAGGAGAGAUUGUUGGUGUGGGUGGUGACUCUAGUUCAAGAGAAAUAACGGAUGGGGAGAAUGGACAAGGUUAUGCUGAAAUGGCCAGACUAAAGUCUAAUACGAGUCCCUUCAAGGAGAACACACUGAAAGCUUGCCAGGUGCAUGUCAAUGGCACUUACAAUGAUUACCAAGACACCAGUUACCAUGAAUCUGCUAAAGAAACAGUGCUAGAGAACUCACUGCGAAAUAAUAAGAAACUAAAUAAGAUACUAGCAAAAAAGAAGAAAAAGAAAAAAAAGAAGUUGAAGGAUAUUCUAAAUGAAAAUCUACAGAGAAAACUUGAUGACCUGCAAAGAAAACGUGAGAUUCAUCUUCAUCCGUUCAAAUCUUAUAAAUCUGAACUCCAGAACAAGUUGUUUAUAAUUAAAAAGAAAGCAAAACACAAGAAGCACAAAUCUGGAAAAAAAUCACUAUCUAAAAAAGCAAUCACAAAGAAGAGGAAGGGUGUCAGAAAGUCUACCAUACCAGAAUUUCAGCUUAUUUGCACUAAUCUUGAUGAACUCAGGGAAUUAAUCACAAAGAUUGAGAAUGAACUCAAAGAUCUGGAGGACAUUAAAAAGAAAUCGGGAAGAUGGUACCACCGGAAGCAAGCAGUAAAGGAAUUGCAUGGUACGUUGUUACGACUGCUUAAUGAACUGUUACCAUGGGAACCAAAGCUAAUUAAAGCAUUUCAAAGAAACAGGUCUAGAUUGAAGAAGGACUAUGAUGACUUUAAAAGACAUCCAGACCAUGAUAAAUUUACCAGAGAAUUGUGGAGUAAUGAUGAAAGUGAAGUUGAUUCUGGCAAAGAAUCUUUUGCAGUAGUAUGCGGUAAAUCAUCAGAGUCUGCAGAACAUAUAGAAGUUCCCAAAAAAGAUCACUCAGACAAUGAUGAAAUGAAACUAUUAGAGAUGAAUUUACCUGCAGGAAAAAACAGAAUUCUGAAAAAAGAAACAGCUUCUAAAGAAAUCCAGAAGACACUGCCCAAAUGCAUUAAACGACAGUUCAAGCAAAAUAGUUGUCUGGAUCAAAGCACUAAUGAGCUCUCACCAAGGAAGAAAGCUAAGCUGAGCACUGUUGAGACUGUAGUCCAGAGUUCAGAAAGUAGCCUGCAGCCGGAUAGUUGUUUAACUGAGCUAAAACAGUUUGAAGGAUCAAGUUUAGAGUUUUUUUCCUUGACAGAUCCUACAACAUCAGUAUCAAACUUUCUGAAAGGGACCAAACCCAUCCAGGCCUUGCUUGCCAAGAAUACUGGGAACAAAGUGACCUUAACAAAUCAACCGUCGCCUCCCCCAGGCAUAAAUGUAUCGACUUCUGAAAAGUCAGUUUUACCACCUUCGGAAUCAUCAGUGAUCAAACCAGCAUUGCCCUGCCAGGCCAGUUCAAAGACUCCCUUACAAAUGGUAUACAAAAUGCCGAAUGGCCAUUGUGUACCAAUAGACCUUCAUAAUAACUCAGUGAAAAUUCAAAUGCAAACUGUGACUGACCCUAAAACUGGAGAAAAAGUCAUGCAACAAGUUCUUAUUUUACCUAAGAAUUUUCUUCUUCAGCAGCAGGAAGGAAAAAUUGUGUCCAAGGACGUUCAGCCACUACAACAAAAAUCAUCUGAGCUGCGCUGUACAUCUUUACCAAAAGUGUCAAAUAUCAGUGUUUCUUUAACACCUGUUCUGGUGACAGACUCUGCAAAUACUACCACUCAGUCACCUACUACAAUUUUUAGCAAGAAUAUUACCCCCUCGUCACAAGUGUCCGGUCCCAUGAACAAUACACUAUCAUUGCCUGAUGUAACUUCAGCAGGUAACUUACUAUCAUCAAAAAUUAAGGUGAACCAAACUGAAACUGACAAAAUCAAGACUACAGUUUUGACUGCUACAUUCCCUGUGUCUUUGACUUCAUCUACUCCUUCCACAGCUAGCCAGUCCUUGAUACCAGCAACAGCAUUAAGUGGGUCUGCGAACACUGAUUCUGCCUGUCAUAGUCCUGCAUCGCAGCAGCCAACUGACUCCUGUGAAACUAGGCAAGAGUUGAAGACUGUAUGUGUAAGAGAAUCACAAUCUAUUCUGGUCACAACACGAGGCGGAAACACAGGCAUUGUUAAAGUGCAAACAAACUCAGACCAAAUUUCACCUAGUAGUUUAUCUUCUAGUUCAGUUUUCACUUACACUUCUCAACUUCAGGCCUUUCUUGUACCAAAAACCACAGCAUUAUCAUACUCUACUCUUCCAUCUCUAGCAACAGCUACAUCUGGUUUCCCACAUAUUGGACAAUCAUCUGUUUCUGGAUUUGCCCCCUCAACAGCUUCUUCUGUUAACAUUCCAGCUUUCCCAGCUGAUUUUACCCAGGCAAUGGAGAAAAAUAUCAAAUUCACACUACAGCAGCCUCCUGUUGGGCACACUUCAGGUCAAGUAAUAGAGAACUCCUGCUGUGUGUCCUCUCCUUUAUCUUCCAUUUCAUUAGCUAGCAAUGUGAUGUCCACAACUCCAAACAGUCCUGUUAGUGUGACUAGCACUGGACAAAAUAACACUGUCGUAACUCCAAAUUCUUCUGUACAGCAUCAAGGGGAUACUAAAACCAAAAAAAAUUCUGUUAUACACUCUGAGUCUAAUUCAGCAACAAGUGGGGAUUUAGUCAGUGGUACUCCAGUCCAGAAAUUUACAUUAGUUACAAAUUCACCAAUUUUAUCUCCCUCUGGAGCAUCAGGAGUCAGUAUUAUACCCUCUCCAGCAUCCACUGCUGUUAAUGCUCAGAAACUGGUUUUUGUUAACACACAAAUUGCCAGUGGCCCAUCAACCACCAAUCUAGUUGCAGAGUCAUUGAGACAGAACCUUCCUUCUUCCCUAACCAAAACCUUUCUUAAUGCUACAGAGCAACCACAUUUGGUUUUGAUCCCAUCUACGAUAGGAGCACCAAUAAGAAUAAAUUCAUCACCAACUAUUGCUCAAGUAAAAGAUGUAAAAAUUGGACUAAAUAUAGGUCAGACCAUUGUAAAUACUAAAGGCAAUGCACAGGAGGCCCCACCAGUUAAUGUAUUGCAUUCUACCAUUUCUAAAGGAGAAGACAAAAAAAGCAUUGGCUUGGCGCUGUCUUUGACAAGUAGCAGUACUGUGGUUCCUGCUCCAGCUUUUGCUGUGUCAGCUAAUGAAUCUGUAUGUGUUGCAACAAAAGCUGAAAAUGCCUUUACAGUAACAAUGGCACAUGCCUGUGUAGAAUCUGUUUCAGUAGCACCAAGUGGGACUACUUCUAGGACACAGUCCACUGUCUUGACUGGUGGCAAUGAUCCCUCAAGAAUAAGGCCAGUUCUGGGUAAUCGACUUUGUACAUCAAAUAUUGGAAAUAUGGGUAUAUCAACUGUGAAAACAGGACAUCUUGCUUCAUCUGUGCUGAUUUCAACCACACAACCAACAGUAUCUCCUCAAAACUUAGCAUCUGCUUUGCAAUUUCCAUUCAUUAGCUUGCCUGGAUCUGCAGCCACCCCCCAAAAGGUGUUACAUACAGUUCCUCAGUUAGCAACAGUUCCAGCUCCUCUUCUAGUAUCAAAAAACCAGUUGCCCACGCUGCCUCAGUUUCAGUCAUCAGGAACUUCAGCUGGUAUGUCAAGUCACACAGGUAUUCACAAACCUCAGAGUGUGUUGCCCUCUCCGUCACCAAAUACAGAUGAAGGCAAUGAAGUACUGAGUUCUCAUAGCAACAUGGAGGAACUGGGAAUAGAAUCCUUGGUCCCCUGAACUCCUUCCAGCAUCCCAUCCAUUACUAAAGGUUUCCUGCACAAAUUCUUAUUUCCAGAGUGGGAAAGGAGGGAAGACACCUUUUAAGAGCAUUGUUGGUUCUAGCUGCUCAUGAAAUCAAAAUAUACAUCAGAUUUCAAAACUCCUACCACUAGCACCCUCAGAUAAGGGCUCUGAGUUGCUGCUGGAAGAAAGCCAUAAAGUCAUACCCUGUAGGAAGCCAGUCGUUACAUACAUCCAGACCAUGUUGAAUCCAAAAAAUCCCAGUGCCAUUCCUGAAAAAGCCAGGAGUCCUCCAGUGAUCACAACUGCCCGAUGGGUGUAUCGUGCACAUAAUGAACUGGCAACAGGUGCUGGAUCAGCAGCAAAAUUGGAGAAAGAAAAAUACAUUAGGAACAUUAAGCUGAUUGACAUGACCAAAUAAUCAAAUAAAUCAAAUAAAGUACCCUUAUAACUCUUGUCUCAAGCAGACUUAAUUCUUCUGGAUGGAGCAGGACAUCAACUGCAAUUUCAAACUUGGAUCCUUACUGACAGGGAAAUGACUGUCCCUGGCAGUCAGAUUUUUAAAUAUAUUCAAAAUAUGUAAUCUUUUUUAAAGGGAAAGAGCAUUUCAGUGCCUUCCUUGCAGGACAGUUCUACUGAAUUUCAUGUAAGGAUAUACAACUAGCAAUGUGACAGAAACUAGUGUAGAAUUUUAGCAGGAAGUGAAACCUCAAUUUUAUUAUUGAGACUGUAUUAUUGAUAUGGUUGGCACGGAAACCUUCUGGAGGAAAAUAACCUUUGUUAGUUUUGCAAAAUCAUAUCUUUAUGGAAUUACAAAAGUUUAUAAAGGACAAAAAAAGCAGUGUUUAUUUUGUGGUUAUGCUUUUUACAGGACAUUUGCAGUUCAUUUCUUAAAUCUUUAUUUUAAGGGUACCGUUUCAGCAGAGUGCAGGGACUGUUCAGCACAAGGGCAAAAAUGCAGUAGGUAGAGAUCUGACAGGGCAGCAACUGCUUUAUCUCUAUUCCCUAUCUAGAAGCACCUGAAAUGCCAGGGAUAUUUUUGUUUAAUUAAGGAUCAGUUAUAUUGCCUCGCUGUUUUUCCACCAGCAUCACAGAGAUGAGGUCAAGGCCGUAAGACUUCUUUAAAUAGCCUUGGCCACUAGGGGACUCCUAAGUACCACCUGGCAUCGGUCGGCUCCCUUCAAUACAUUACUGUUCUGGGAACUGGAAUUCAGUUAACGAGGACCAUGCUUGUAAGUUGAAAUAAGUAGGAAGACAAUGAAGAGAGGGCAGUCAGUAAGGAAGGUUUCAUAGUAGUUUGUAGGGGCAGGUUGUUCUAGGUUCACCUGUAUUAGGAUCAGAAUUAAGAGAAUUUGGUGGCUAGGAUGAGUGAAAUAAAUCUGGCAGAGUAUAAUGGCUGCAAAAUGUGCAGGAUGUACAUUGUCUGAUAGCAGACAGACCUGGCAGAAGUUAUACAAACCCCAGAUGUCUCAUCAGAAUUUACAGCAAAAAUAUUAUGAUUUUAUAAACAUGUAAAAAUUAUACCAAAAUUCAGUCACGGUCUCUAAGAUGUAGUGGAUGAGACAUGAUAAAGCAGAUACAGUUGGAGAAUCAUACACUAUGAUGAGAAAAAAAAAAGAGAAAAGUAGACCUAGGAUAACUUCUAUGAAAGUGCUUUAAGACAAGAGAGAGAUCUGCAGUUGGAGCAGAAAUACUACCAAAAUCCAAUUUUUAAAUAGUGGAAAAGGAGGACAGGCAGAAAUUGAACAUGGGGUAGAAGAAGAAGGAAAGAAGAUAACCAAAGAACUAGAAAUGGAAAAAAUAGCUAGAUUCCACAGUCUGGAAGGAUAAAGAGUAACACACAGAAAACUUACAAGAAAUGAAAAGGGAUUAUAAUCACAGUGCGAAGAGAAAGGUGAUGGGAUGUGUACAUCAGUACCAAGAGAAAGCCUGUGAAUGUGAUGGGGAGAACCCUUGCUCUGGUAAACUGAACAGCCUGUUGCAAGUGCAAACCCUGGGAGUAGAAGCACAUGCUCUCCUUCCAUACAAGAACAGAGCUGAUGUUGGAAGGAUCCAGACAGGACAAAAUAAUAAUUCAGUGAUCAUCCUUCAUACUGAACCAAAUGACACUGAAGGUUUCCCAGAAGAACACGAUAAGAAAGACUAAGCUAGGCCCGGAAAGAUGCUCAAAGAACUGGAGGUUCAGAUGAUCUUAAGCAGAAAGUCUUCUGGUCCCUGUAAAUGAAGCAAAGGCAGGAGAAGAUGAGGACAAUUACAUACUGAUCUGAGACAUUAUAAACUGCUAUACAGAGGGGUUUUGGAACAUUUGGCCAUCAAGCUGUAUUCACUGAAAGAGGGUUGUUUUCAUCUCAAAGGAUGAAAAACAAUUUCUGCUGAAAAUUAUAGCUGCCUUCUUGGAACUAGGCUGGUCUCAGACCUGGCUAGGCAAAUACAGUUUUGCUGGUUUAUAUUUGAUAUUAUUAAUAUGCUCAAUUCCUUGAUACAUUCCUAUAUAAUGUAAAUACGUGUUUAAACCAAAACAAAACCUAACUAAAACAGGACUUUGAGUUCUUUUGUCCUCUUACGUUGUUUUUUUUUCUCAUUAAGUUUGUAUGCCUGAGUGACAAAACAGUACCACAGUAGGUCUGUGAUAAGUCUAAUUUGUAAACCAGAUUGAUAGAUUUAUUCAUUUCUGUGGUCUGUGAAGCAAGUUUUUCAAUUUUUUUUUUUCAGUUAAUUAUUUCUGUCACUGCAAAACAGGCAUCAAGGAUAGCAGUUUAUGGAACUGAUAAAAUCUUUUCAACCCAUGACUUGCUUUAUCCUUUGACUUUGGAUUAUUCUUUGAUUCUUCUGAAUACAUUUUUUAAAGAAAGAUCAGUUGUUCAUGAUGUUUGGAAGUACUGCAAUUCCAAGCGGUAAUACUGAUAGGUGUGGACUGAGUAGGAUGCAUAUAAUUAUAUAGUGUCUAUGCAAUGAAAUGUCUUCACAAACAAAAUUAUGAUAGCAUUUAUUACGUAAGGAUAUUUACCUAUUACAACCAUAUAUCUGUAUGAGAAUAUGUAGAGCAGACUUCACAAAUUCUGUACAUUUCAAGCCUGCACAUGUUUAGAAUCAUCAUCAUCAUGUGAAGGAUCAUGCAGUUUACAAGGGCGCAAAGGACUCUCUUAACAACCAAGCUGAGUCAAAUGCAGUAUGUUUUCUAUUUUUCUCCUUCGUUUGGUGAGAUAUGGUAUUUGGCCUGCUCCCAUAGCUCAUUGCCUUUGACUGGGAUAGUUCACUCUCUCUUCCCCUACGCUCAGCUUGCAUGAUCUUGUCUUUCUUGUGCUCUGAGUGAACUGAUUUUUUUUUUCUUUUUAACUCUGUGAGUUUUCUGUUAGAUAAAUGACUUGCAAUCAUCCUAAAGGGGUUAAAGGAGAGCCAGAACUGGCAAUACAUGCAAAGAAGGGGGAUCUUGGCAAAGACAGAAAGGAGAAGUGUGAGAAGGCAGGACUGAGAAUCAUCAUUUUGGUAGCAGAUGGUUUAUCUGAUAGACAGGGUUACGGUCCUUAAGUUUAAAAGUACUUUGAAAAAGUGACAGUCGCUCUGAGAUCAGUGAACUUGCACAAACUGGUUUAAGAGCUUGAUUCAACAAGCUCUGUAGUUAUUAGAAUUAUUUCCAAUGAGUUUAACUCAAAGCCUGUAGCAAAAUUGAAUCAUGAGUUCAGGAACAUGAAGUUCUUUAUGGCAAUCAGAUUCCUGUGUAUCUAGAGUGUCAUUAUUAACCAAUUCCAUAUCUGAGGCAGCAAAUGCUAAUUUUCUGUAAGAAAUUUUUCUGUAUUUUCUGUAGAGACAGAAGAAGAAAGUCUUGUCCUUACAUAUUUUUGGUUUGGGUUUUUCUUAAGGAAGCUUUUCAAACUUGUUUUAGUAGUUAAUACAUUAAAAUUAAAUGCUAGAGGAGCACUUCUACCUACCUCCUAAAUGAAAGAUGGCAAUAGUUACUGAUGUGAUCCAGGAAGUGGUGCUUGCAAGUCCAUCAAAGUGCUGCUGGAUUUCAACAAAGAACAGACCAAAAGUCUUGAGAACAGCAACAGUGAGGCCCAUCACCAUGAAGGCUGACACUACCACAACCCAUCCAUAGCCACCAUCUGGUGGAUUGCUGUCUUCAGCCUGCAUCUUUUUUAAUUCUCAGAUCUUCUCUGGGCUUUGGGUUGGCUUUUGAUUUUUUUUUUUCCUGCAGUGGUAGUGAUGGUGAUGAGGAUUUUUAACAGAUCUGCAAAUUGGUAGAAGACUCAUUGUUAAAGAAAUGAAUUAAAGUAUUCUAGGAAUGGCUUACACAGAUUAAUUACCAAAUUAAAAUACAAUAUGCAUUACAGCAGUUUGACUGAAAAUAUUACCUGAGGAACUGAUGCCCCAGGAGACAGAAGACUGAGUGAAGAAAGCAAAACAAAAGAAAACAAAAAGAAAGGAAAAAUAUUCAAGUAUGGAGUGCAGGAAAGAGAAAAAGAAGCAUAUGUGAACAUGAGAGAAGACUAUGGGAAAAGAUGCAGAUAAGCAAAUUUUCAAACACAGGCUGGGGAUCCUACCCUUUCUAGUAACUUCAAGAACCCUAUCCCACCAUUUUUCAAACCAAUAUAUCAUAGUAAACAGAAAAUAAAAUGCCUCAUAGGUUACCAUACUUCCUAACAUUCUCUGAGCAUAGCAAUCAAUUUAAUGAAUUGUAAAGCCAUCAAGGCAAUUGUUUAUACCCAUCAGCCUGUUGUCACAAUUUUGUGUGUAUAGAUAAAUCACUAUUAUAUUUGCUAAGUUGCUUCUAUGAGUGGUAUUACUAGUGCAACAGAAGAUGUUAUAGAAAAAAAGAAAAUAUUCCCAAGCUGAAAAGGACAGGAAAUCAGUCUGUUUCAAUAUUCUGGGUAUCCAAUAAAUGGAAAUAAAUGGAAGCUACUUCACUUAUCUGGAAGUCUGAACCUAGUGGACUUUCCAUUCCUGAGAUGGCAGCCUCUCAGAGAAAUACUUCACCUCCCAUUUGGCAAAUACGAAAAUGACAUUUAAAACAAAAGAAUUCCCAUUGAAGGUAUUCACUAUGGGAGUCUAUCAAUCUCGACACUUUCCAUUUUUUAAUCAUUGCAUAAGUUCCAGGAAUACUGCAAACCUGUUUUUUAUUGUCUGUGCUUUGUCUCUAAAAAUCCCAUGUGAAUUUGCAACUUUAACAUGGGAAUGUAUAAACUUAAAAAUUCUUGCUGUUGUAAGCAAAUCUCUAAUUCAGAACCAUUACAAUGUUAUCUCAGUAAUUCCAGUGACAACUGGUCUUCUCCCUGUGUAAAAAGAUGUGUGUGAUCUCGGAAAUGGUAUUCAGCAUAAACUUGGUGUUACUCUGGUCUCUGAGGAGUAAAUCAGGGAACCAGUAUGAGGUAUGGUACUGGACAUCUGAGGACUACCUGUACACUGUGAAACUUUGGAGCUUCCUGCCACAUAAGACUGUGGAUACUUGAACUUCACAUGGAAAUAUUAGAUAAAUCUGUGCUGUACAAAACUAUUGAGGAUUAACAAAUGUUUUAAAAUGGCCCCUGACUCAGAAAGUGUCCAAGCUGCAGCUAGUCCAAAUUCGGGAUGUAUCACUUUAUCCUUACUCUGUUCUUAAUCUUAAAGAUCCACUUUUGGCCUGAACCAAUAUAGCUGUGACUGACUUACAAGGAACGCUGCGUAAGAAUUUUAGGGUCCUCAGCAUUUUAGCAUUUAUAAACAUUAUUGGCUCCUACACUGCCAAGCAUUUUUGCCAAAAUGGGGUGCAUGCUUCCUUUUGAAGGCAUCUUAAUAGGCAAGAACAUCUUAUUAAACACAUCAUCAAAGAAGUGUAUUUCCCCUUAGAAAUUUUGUGACAAACUUGGAGUAAUCAUAUAGUGCAUGGUGGGCACAGGAUCUGGCUGAGGGAGGGAAACAUUCAUUUUUCUGGUUUCUUCAUGGACACUAAAUUCUGGGCAGGUAUAUUGUACAAAAUGCAGAAGACCAAAGAAGAGAUGACACCCCUCUCUUGGAGGGAGAAUGGGAGCUUGAGAUAGCCGGAUGUACUAUCCUUAAAAUUAUCUUCCCUGUGUGCAGCUGGGAAAAAUGAGUGUUAGGGAAAUCCAUACCAGUAGAAUUUAUUCAGUACAAAGCAGCAGUCACUAGUCCUGUGAUUUGCUUCACUGAGGUGUAUGAUCUCAAGAGGACCUAAAUCACUUCAGCAGGGUGGGAGAAAGAAUCCAUCAGAGCCUUUUAGAUGUCAGAAGCAAAAUCAUUCUGCUGACAUGUCUGGACUAACAUGUGGCACUGGACAUAGUUAGCCAGACAAUCAGUUGCACAACAACUCAGACAACAUCCUGAAAAAUCUUAGAACAGCCACAAGAGAGAGAGGACUGCCUUGUGGUUGAGGUCUAUAUGAAGGAAACUGGUUUUCAUUCCCACAGUUUCUGGGUGACCUUAAGCAAGUUGUUUGAUCUUGCUGUGCCUGUUUUCUCAGUUGGCAAAUGCAGCUAAUACUUCCAAAGGUCAUAAAUUUUGUAAGGUAAAAACUGUUAAUACUCAUAUUAGUACUCAGAUACUAUGAGAAAAUACAGAAUCUAGAUCAAGCUGUAGCCAUGUUUUCUGAUAUUGCUGGGUUCAAGUACCAUGGUCAUAAUUUUGUUUGAGAACAUAAAAAAACAUAAAAAAGAUGCAAGACUUAAGCUAAAUGAGCCUGCCUAGGCAGAGAGAUACUGAUAUUUCUGUAUUCUGCAUGGGCAUGCCUGGGCAAGGGAUUAUGAUUUGUGCCACAAGACAGAUAGGAGAAAUCCUGCUACUUACCAGGCAGCACUCAGGCUAAAACAGGCAUGAUAAAAUCUACUACUUCCUGACACCACCCAGCACCCUUCACCUUCAUUAGGCAAACUCUGCUCCAGGAGGAAUAUAAAUCAGGCCCUACUGCUCACAAAACUUAGAUGAACAGCAUUUUUCCUUACAACAAAUAUAUCUUUUAUGUCACAGCUUAGAAUUCAGCCCUCAGAGUCCCUUUUAAUGAUCACAGUGGUACAUGUAACUUCAAAUGAAAUUCCUGUUUCAGUUGCAUGAUUAAUGUAGUUAUCUCCAACAGCCCUAUAGAUUUGAAAGCAGUGCAGCUACAUACAUGUUGGGAAGGGUUGGAAUGCCUGAACAGGGUAGAAGAAAGUAUAGAUGUUGCAAUGGGUGAACAUGCUUCUGACACCAUGCUUUGCUUUCUUCCUCCUUCACUUGCAAGAGAAAGUUUAUUACAAGAUGAUGUAGUUCCAAAAAACGUAAGCUGAAAAAACCCACACAGGAUUUCAUUUUGCUCUUAGCUAUUGAAUAAUGGUAAACAGUAAGGUUUUAGUAUCUUCAGUUUCUCAUCUUCUCCCUGAAACUAGUCUUUUAAAAGAAAGGAGAAAAAACCUGAAGGGAAAGUCCUCUUUCUGUUGUGCCAACACACAAGAUUCCUCAAAGAAUAUAAAGCCAUGUCUGGAAGAAUCAUCACUCUGUCUGGCAUCCCACUGACUCCUACCUCCAAGAUUUCUCAUGGCAGCUGGAGUGGAUGCCCUGUGAGACAGGGGCUUCAAUCAGGAAAGCCACAAUGCUGUCAUCUGUGCUUGGUGUGUUCAUCAGCAGGAGCAGACAGCUCUGCUAGUAGUAUCAUUAUCCUUACAGAAAAAUUUGCCAGCAAGAACACACAGGUAGGAGUGCAACCUUUAUCUUUGCAGCUGAAUAGCUAGAGAGGCACUUUCUGAGACACUGCAGGUGUUCCUCUAUUCAUGCUCUACAAGUUCUCCAAGCUGCUUCUGCUUUUAUUCAUGUCAUUGACUCAAAAGGCUUAUCAAACAAUAAUAAAAAUAAAUUAUAAAACGCUUAUCUGACUGCUUGCAUUUGAGGGCGCCAUAUAAACUUGUGAAGACUGAUACUUGUUUUACCCGGUUAUCUUGUUCCAUGUUCUAAUUCACUUUUUACAAAAGAGCAAAUGAGUUGAAUACAUUUGCUGCACAUUGCAGAACAACUGAGCGGUGGAAUCAAGAAAAGACUCUUGUUGGUAUGAAUCCUAAUCUUCUUGUUUUCAUGCAAUUCAUAUAUAAAACUCCCCAGAUAACUGUAUUCACUCUCUCUUAGAGGCUGAGUGGACUCCUUGUGAGCUGAUGAUACGUUACAGAAACAGGUUCCCCAGGAAGACAAAAAAGGCAAGUAUUAAAUUUUUCCACACUUAGAUAAAGAAAUACAAUUCGUAAGUGGAGGUUUGAUUUGAGUUUCCAGUACAAGUAGAGUACUUUACCUUUGAUUCAGACUUAGCAAAAAAAAGAGAAAAGCAAGAAAAACAUACUUGAUGUACACAGAGGUACAACUACUUUUUACCAAAAGCUGAUACCUUGAAACAGGAAUUACAUAAAACUAAAUACAAAGUAGAUCUUUAAUAAAUUGUCAGCAGAUUAACAAAUAUAAUCUUGUCUUAAUUGUUGUAUUAGAAGAAAGAAAUAAUUGUAAAUUAUGCUGAAACUUCCUCCACACGUGCCUUUAUACACUAGCAAGGAACAGGUACUUACUGUGUUUGUCACACUCAGAUACCUUAUGGUCUUCAUAACACUCAGACUGGCUCUGCUGAUGCUCACUGGCCACUACAGCUUGAUAUACAAUAGAGCUGUGCUAGUUACUGCUCUUGAGAUACAAGUUCAGGAGGAACUCUUAAUUAAAUUCUCCUUUCUAACUUCGUAACAUCAUUUUAGAAGGAAUCAGUCUAAUAAAUAUGAUCUAUAACACAGUUUAUUGACAGGGCAUAUCGGGGGGAAAAGAGGGCCUGAAUGCUCUGAGCAAUCAGUUUGAAGUAACAAAAAUCAAAUAUAGUAUCAAGAAAUUACCUUAUUCAGGCAACCAAGGCUUGUAGGGUAUAUGAAGCUUUUCUUUCACUUUCCUUCACCUUCCAGUUGUAUGUAAGUUCUUGAGUUGUACUGCAAACCACCAGGUCAUCUUUCUCAUCUGAACAACCAUCGGACUAUCUGAAUAAACCGAUCUGUCUCAUUCAGGAUGUGUAAGCCAUCAGAUUUUAUACAAAUCCCCUCCUCCUCUCCUCAAAAGUCAUUUGACUCCACCUACACUCAGAAAAACAAAGUUCUGUCCUGAGUAGAGAUCAGAGAAAUAAAAAUCAGGAGUGGAUGGAGGAAACAAGAGGAGGAAGGCAAAUUUUGUAAUAUAUCUGCACUGUAUUUGUACUAGCCUUGGACUGCUGUCCACAGUUUUUACUGAACUCAACUAUUGGACCAACCCAAAAGUUCAGCUGUGUCAUCUGACUUCAAACUCCCUGUUGUUCUGUGGCAUUUACUGCCAAUGUUUAUUUAAAUUUGAAAUUAAUUUGUAGCUUCUCUAUGGUUGUGCUGUUGGGCAGAUGUUGGCUUCAGCUGAGCAUCACAUACCCUGCAGCAACUACAGAAAUUAUAGGAAGCUUGAAUAAGCUCUCCAGGACCCAAGCCUGAUACAUACACAUUCAGAACCUUUCAUCAAACCAGAGCAGUCCCUUUGCUGUGUAAUUUAAGGGCCCACAAUUCCUUAUAUACUGCUGGAUCUCGUAAAGCUUUUCUCUCCCUGCUCUCACUGCUAGUUUACUGCUAGCAGUAACUGAUUCUGCUUCCCAGCAAUUUGUCUUGCACUAAGGUUGUGGUGGCUAUAGCCUGCUAUUGUAGUAGUUGCGGGGGAGCACGGUGGGUUGUUGCAGUAGCUUCUUUGUUUUUGUAAUCUUUUUAUUUACAUGUUUGUGUGCUUACUUCAUGACUUGAUCGGUAACCUGUGUAGUUAGUGUGUGCUAAGGGGAAGUAUAAAUAUACAGUCAGUUGACCUGUGUAACUAAGAAGCAGAUAUAUUUCAUAUUUUUGGCAUAUUUGAAGUGGGAAGUCAGUAAGUUUGUGUGGUGACAUUCUAAUUUCUUUUGCUGGAAGAAUUCUCUAGGACUGUUUUGUAGGGCUGUAGAAGUCAAAAGCAUGGAAAAGAAAAAUUAUGGGGUAGUUUUUGAACUGUAUUAAGUGCACAUUGCUGAUAAAAAAGUUGCUGCCACUCCUACUUCACCUUCCUGCUACCAGGUGGGCUUUCAUGCAGUGAACCAGACUGGUGAACUGACCCUGCUGAUCACUAUCCUGGGGCAGUGUCUCAAUGUGGAGAAACACAUUUUGUGCUUUCACAAUGCAGAAAGCAGAAAAAUGUGGCCAGGAAUGAAACUGGGCAGAUAAGACCGCUUAAUCCAGAGGAGAAAUUCACCUGGCAGCUGUAUACAAAUAGUGUAUCCAUGUGUACGGUGAAGCUGUCAGCCUAAAAACUCUCCCUUAUAGAAAAGGAAAGGCAGGUGACUCCAGUGGUGGUAAUGAGGAACAGUAGCUGAAUUGUGGAUGUCCUUCGUGACAAAGUGUCAGAGUAACUUUUCAGCAUUACACGUCUCAGGUCUUUGUUCUUCCUUCCUCACACACUGGAGAGAGUUAUGCGCUAUGUCGCUGCAUUGCAUCUGUCUGAGCAACCUGCGAGUCUCUAAGCUGAAAGAUGUCUUUAUGCUGGAUUUUCUUACAUAAAAGAGUAUAUAUAUAUAUAUAUAUUCUGACACAUAUAUACUGGACUGGGAGGUCAGGUCCUUUCACAGGCUUAUUUUCCCUCCUAACUCUAUAGGUCUGUGCUACCUUCCCGAGCCCCAUGUAAAAAAAAAUAAACUGUAGCAACUGUAUCUGCAGAGAUGGAUGACACUAGGCUAUAUUGUCCAGACAGAUAUGCAUAGGACGGUGACCAUGAUACACUCUGAUAAACAAGACUACAUUUCUUACACAACCAGAGCUGUGAACCAGAUGGAGCAAACAGCAAUCCAGAUGGAUCAUAGCAGAGCUGAAGCCUCUAUGGACAACAUGGGCCCCAGUGUUGUACCACUCUCACUGCGGUUUUUCCCCCUCGUAAUAUUCAAAUUGAAUUUUCCUUACUGUAGCUUAUGACUUUGACCCUUUGUCAUUUCCUUGUGCUACUUAAUGGAAAGCAAAAGACUUACUAUUAGAACAAAAUUGGCAAUGGUUUAAGCAGAAGCUGACUAUAUGUGUGUUUUUGAAAUGCCUUUUUCUCAAUAUUAUCAAAACUGAAGUUAGUGAUUGUGUUCUCUGCUGCUGUAAAUUAUUUCAGCUCCAUGGAUUUCAAAGUUAUUUCACCCCUUUCACCACCAGAGAAUUUAUUGACUGAUUUCCAACUGGAAUAGGGCUGCUUUUAAAGAAGAUACAAUAUAUCUAUCUAUUGCCUGUUUAUUAUUAUUAUUGCAGUAUAUAUAAAAUAUGGGAAAUAAGUCUCUCAAGUGUAGUUCUUAUUUAAAUAUACUGCACAAAUGUAAAAAGCCAGUCUGGCACAAAUACACACAUAAACCUGGCAGAGUCUCCUUGCAGUCAUCUGUGCUCAAAUGGAAGGACAAAGAGCUUAUGAAACCAUGCCUCCUGCAUUCAUCAGUCCUUGGUGGUGAUCAUGCUUGUCCGCCUACCUGGAACUACCAGCUCUUAUCACAUACAUCCUUCUUUUUUUUUUUUUUUAAUGACCAAAGCCUUCUGAUAGCAUUAAUAAACAGAUAAUAAGGCAAGAUAAAAUUUGACAGGUAACAGGAUUUGUCAACUAAGAGAACAUUGAUUGAAAUGACUAAAACAAAAUUACCGGUUUGAUGUAAUAUGGGUAGCCUGAACAUGAAUUGUCUGAGGACCGUGUGCAGGAGAGAUAGAAUGGGAAAGGAGUGGGAAACUAUUAUGAAAAAAUAAACAGGCUGACAUUACUGCCAAGAUAGCUGACAUGGAAUGCUAAACAAACUUGGGUAAGAAAUGUGGGUCUGUGUAGAGGGACUUGAGGUCUUGUAGGAAAAAAAGAGAUUAAUCUUGAUGUGAUUAGAAAAGGAGAACCAGGAUGGUGGUUCAGUUGCAUAAAGUUAGGCUGAUGAAGGAGGUGAUUUCUUUGCUUGUGUUUUUUGGAAAUACGAUAGCUGGCAGUGAUAGCUGGCAGAUAUCAGAGGGGCUAAAGAGCAGAAAGAGGUAGCAAUCAAGCAAGUGAGUGAUUAGGGUUUGGCAGAAGCUGUCAGACUGUAAAAAGUGAGAUAUUUAACAGAUAAAGGAAGAAUAAAUGGCUUAUAUUUGGACUGGGUUCUGGUUAUCCUAUUAUCAGUUUAACAAAUUCUUAUUAGUUUAAGAUUGACUGGACCUUUCCAGGCUGAAGGCAAAUGAAGAAAAAGCCUUCUGUCCUGAAAUCACAGUAAGGUGUGCUGAUUGCCUCCCUGCCCCCUCUCCAGGUUAACAUCAAUCCCUGACGUCCAACCUCCAUUUAAUAACAAAGGGAAUGCUGAGCCGGCACGGAAAGGGGGCAGAGCAUUCAGAAGAAAGAGGGUGACAUAGAACCUGAAUCGGCUGCGAAGGCAGCGUAUAUCUAUCUGAACAAAGUUUGUUAGUUUUGUUUUUCGACAAGAACUAAUCAGUUCAUAUUUUCUGUGUAAUUCUUGGUUGUGAUUAUAGCUCCCAAUACAAAAUAACAAGGUCAGAAGGAGAAGGAGCACAGAAAAUGAGUAUUGCUAAACAGGGAAGAGGGAAAAGCACUGCUUAAGUUUAUCAAAACAGCAUGUCUGAUGCAAACAGUCUCUCUGUGCCCUAUCAAUCUCGAAUCUGUGGGUGGUUCUUCUUCCACUUCCUGUUCUGAAAUGAGUGACCAGGGUUUAAUCAUUCUGCUUUA